GCGGCGGCGGGGGCCAGGGAACGCGGGUGGCGGCGGCCCCUCCCCCGCCACGGGUUGAGGGCCGGAAGAACUCGGGCGGCUGGCCUCUAGACCGCGGGCGACGGCUCGGCUUUCCCGCCGCAGCUCCUCCCCGCGCGAGGAGCGGGGUCGCUCUGGGCGGAGGCCGGGCUGCACCCCCUGAGCGGUGCACUCUGUGAAGUUGGAGGCGCGCAACGAUCAAAGUGGCCGCGGGGCUGCGGACUCGCCUUCCUCCACCGGAGGCCGGCUGUCCAUCGCCGCGGCGAGUGUGCUCCCGGCUCUUUAUUUUCCGGUCCGGAAAAUGCAGCCCGAGGUGGCAAAGAGGUGGAGGGAGGACUGCGGGCAGAGGCUCCGGUUGUUCUCCCUCAGUUCGCCUCAUCCUUGGCCCGCCCGAGCCCUGUCCAAGGGAAAGGAACCAGGAGUUAGGACUGGACACUCGGGUCCUGUCUUCCCUUUUGUACUGCCCUAGCUUACCCUCAAUAACUGAGUGUGUUUCCACGGAGAACUACCGAGACGUCUAGAGCAACGGAAAAUCCAUGUGUACUCAAGCCUGUUUGCUCCAUCCCUCACCAGCCACGCCUCCUAGAAAAAUUGUGGGAUUAGCGAUAUGCUUUCCUAAACAACAGAAAAGUUGAAGAUGUCUAAACACUUAGUGGCUUGGACAGUGACCACCGUUCUUGGUAUGGCUGUCGGGGGGUUUGUCCUGUGGAAAGGCAUCCAGCGCCGGAGGAGUAAAGCAAGUCAUGUAACCCAGAAGCAGCUGCCACAGCAGCAGCAGAAAGUGCCAGGCAGGAGAGAGCGGCCCGCUCCAGUAGAGGACCAGCCGCAUUCCAGUGCCCCCAGAGCCUCGUGGGAAGAGAGGAUCCUUGGAGCAAAGGUGGUGACUGUGUCUCAGGAGGCGGAGUGGGAUCAAAUUGAGCCCUUGCUUAGGAGUGAGUUAGAAGAUUUUCCAGUGCUUGGAAUCGACUGUGAGUGGGUGAAUUCGGAAGGCAAAGCCAGUCCUCUGUCACUCCUUCAAAUGGCCUCUCCAAGUGGCUUCUGUGUCUUGGUUCGCUUGCCCAAGCUGAUCUGUGGAGGAAGGACACUACCAAAAACGUUACUGGACAUUUUGGCAGAUGGCACAAUUUUAAAAGUUGGAGUAGGAUGUUCAGAAGAUGCCAGCAAGCUUCUGCAAGAUUAUGGCCUCGUCGUUAAGGGGUGCCUGGACCUCAGAUACCUAGCCAUGAGGCAGAGAAACAAUUUGCUCUCUAAUGGGCUUAGCCUGAAAUCACUCGCUGAGACUGUUUUGAACUUUCCCCUUGACAAGUCCCUUCUGCUUCGUUGCAGCAACUGGGAUGCUGAGAAUCUUACUGAGGAUCAGGUAAUUUAUGCUGCCAGGGAUGCCCAGAUUUCAGUGGCUCUCUUUCUCCAUCUUCUUGGAUACCCUUUCUCUAGGAAUUCAACUCUAGAAGAAAAUGAUGACUUCACUGGCUGGAGAAAAGUCUUGGAGAAAUGUCAGGAUGUGGUAGAUAUCCCAUUCCGAAGCAAAGGAAUUAGCAGAUUGGGAGAGGAGGUUAAUGGGGAAGCAACAGAAUCUCAGCAGAAGCCAAGAAAUAAGAAGUCGAAGACCAAUGGAAUGAUGCCAGGCAACCACCAAGGGAGAGACCCCAGAAAACAUAAAAGAAAGCCCCUUGGAGUGGGCUAUUCUGCCAGAAAAUCACCCCUCUAUGAUAACUGCUUUCUCCAUGCUCCUGAUGGACAGCCCCUCUGCACUUGUGAUCGAAGAAAAGCUCAGUGGUACCUGGACAAAGGCAUUGGAGAGCUGGUGAGUGAAGAGCCUUUUGUGGUCAAGCUACAGUUUGAACCUGCGGGGAGACCUGAAUCCCCGGGGGACUACUACUUGAUGGUUAAAGAAAACCUGUGUGUAGUGUGUGGCAAGAAAGACUCAUACAUUCGGAAGAACGUGAUUCCGCAUGAGUACCGGAAGCACUUUCCCAUCGAGAUGAAGGACCACAACUCCCACGAUGUGCUGCUGCUCUGCACCUCCUGCCACGCCAUCUCCAACUACUAUGACAACCACUUGAAGCAGCAGCUGGCCAGGGAGUUCCAGGCCCCCACCGGCUCCGAGGAGGGCUUGCGCCUGCUGGAAGAUCCUGAGCGCCGGCAGGUGCGUUCUGGGGCCAGGGCCCUGCUCAACGCAGAGGGCCUGCCCGCGCACCGCAAGGAGGAGCUGCUGCAGGCGCUCAGAGAGUUUUAUCGCACAGACACGGUCACGGAGGAGAUGCUUCAGGAGGCUGCCGGCCUGGAGACCAGGAUCUCCAAUGAAAACUACAUUCCUCACGGGCUGAAGGUGGUUCAGCACCACACCCAGGGCGGGCUGCGCUCCCUCAUGCAGCUGGAGAGCCGCUGGCGGCAGCACUUCCUGGACUCCAUGCAGCCCAAACACCUGCCCCAGCAGUGGUCGGUGGACCACAACCACCAGAAGCUGCUCCGGAAGUACGGCGAGGACCUUCCCAUCAAGCUGUCGUGACAGCUGCUUCCCUUCCACGUUGGGACAGCUGGGAAGCUGGAGCCAGGGGUGAAAAGUCACCUCUUCCUGUUUUAAUGUCAUUGUCAAAGGCUGGUGACACAACUCACAAUACUAACCUGUACUGAUCCCAGGACGCUUCUGGUGGAGCAAGGUGUUGUUUUCAGGGGGAGCUUAUGGUCUUGAAUUUUAGUAGGGCAGGGUGAGAGCUCUUUACUCCACCCUCUUAUUUUAUUUUUCUGGACACAUGGGAGCCUUGGCCUUCAUUUUACUCUCCCUCUUCUGCUUUCCCUGUACAGGCGACAAAUGAAGGGUCCUCCCUGAAGUGUCUUGUCAAGACACUCCGGUUUUUAAUGCUUUUCCUCCCUGUCCAGCAUGUUGGUUCAAACAGGAGCUGUCAAGUAUUUCAAGCCCAUCAGGUUAGGAGGGGAAAAAACGUUCUUCUAGAGGUUGUAGAGGAGAAAAGGGGUCGGAUUCAUAUUCCCAGUUCAACUUCAUAAUUAGAAAUUCUUUGGCUUAAUGCUCUGCGGUAAUUCACCUGGUUGGGAUCCAGCCCAUCUGGGUUGCUUCGGUUUAUUUCACAUGCUUGAAAAUGCUCCCGUUUACACAUUCAGGACCAAAGCAGCAACUUCCUGCCAUAUGUUUUCACCCUAACGCUGGAGGGAAUUCUUUUCUGGAAAGAGGCCUUCAGCCUGGGUGGGGCACAGAGAAGCACAAGAACCAUCUCCCAAGAGAACUUGGAUAAUUUGCUCAGCUUUCCGUUUUGCUGUUUCUUGCAAGCCUCCUGCCCAGACGGCAAGGUUUUUAGCUUAAUCCCUUUCUGAGAGGAAGGUUAUCUUUUCUCAGAAUCAGUAUCUGGUCCCUUCAGUGUUCCAUCAGGUUUGCAAUACUGACCUCUUUUAAGCUCUUAAUUCUCUCCCAGAAUCAUUUGGUUAGGUUGAGAGGAUUUCUCCAUCUCCCUUCAUGCCUGGGACGCCAAGACUAAUUAAUACGUUUCGAUGUUCAAAACGGUGGUGUUUCAUCUUUCCAAACGUGAGGCCACCACUUGGAGCACGGAAUCCACUUCUUAGUGGUUAGUAUUUUUAUAAAGUAUUAGGAAAACUUUCUUACCUUACAAGAUCUUAACAAGCUUAAAAAAGAGCUUUAUGGGGCUUCCCUGGUGGCGCAGUGGUUGAGAAUCUGCCUGCCAAUGCAGGGGACACGGGUUCAAGCCCUGGUCCGG